CUUACCGCCUGAGAUUCUACCGGCGUUCAUUGUGUGGACACUGCCGUGCAAUGCUGCCUAUCUAUUAAUCGCACUGUUGUCCUGUGCAGGGAGUCUUUCCGUUACGUCCGAAUACUGCCUUGGGGCCCCAGUAAUCGUAUAAAGGAUGAAAGUCCAAUCCUUGUAUCGAGCAUCGGCUGGUUUCCGAUCACACCAAAGUUUAUCUCUCAAUAAUAUGAAGGCUGGCCCUCUAUUCUACCUUUCUACGAUUCUCGCUGGUGCUUCGGCUCUACCCUCUCUAGGAAGCUUAAGUGCGCAGCGAGACAUAGCCCAUAUCGCGUACGAUGAAGACAAUGGGCAGUUCAUGGCAUUCAAGUGCGAUGGGUCACUGUAUGGGCGCUACAUUACUCGCGGACCGCUUCUCUCGGGGCGGUCUGCAGGCCAAUGCGUCAAUCUGACUGUUGACGAAGCCAAAUCUCUUCCUGGUUGGGGUACCAUUGAAAAGUAUGCCAAUGAUAAUUGGGGAGAUGGGAGUCGAAAUAUUGUAACGAAUCCAACUGAUUACCCCGGGAGUCCCGCUCAGGUCUGCGUCUCUGGUGAUCCUGUCAAGGUCGAAUUGGAUGGUGAUCCACAAUGUCAAGACAGGAAAGUCGACAAUGUUUCCGGGACAGCUGGAACUAAUGGCUCAGUGACACUGCAAAUUCAGCAAGGCUCAAAUAUGACGAGUGAAUACACGGUCACGACCGUAUCCACGCUUGGCAUCUCGAACACAUUUUCGGUUUCAUUGGGUAUCCCUUUAUUAGAUGAUGUGGCAGAGGCUUCGGUUGGUGAUGAAACGACUGUUUCAUCAGAAGUGACCAAUGAACAGACGAAAUCAUUCGCAGCGACGUAUAGUGACGUUGCAACAAUAGCUCGGACGAUCGACACUGAAGACGGAAAGACAUGUUCGGUGGAUCUUACCCUUCACUCAUGCACUGCAAAGAGCAAAGCACAAAUUCGCUACGUCGCAACUGGUUUCGUAUGGUUCAACUACAACGAUAAGACGAAAGGACAUUAUAAAUGGGCGGCAAAAAUUGAUUCGAUUCUUUCCAAUGAAGACGAUCGUUCGAGCUUCGCUGAGAUCCAAGGACCAAUUGCCUCCGACACACAUUCGAGUAGUAACGCAACUUGCGUAGAUUCGUAAACAUUCUACACAGACUGUAUACUAUAUGCUGCACAACAUCAGUAUAUUUUUGAGGCGAUAGGAUA